CAGCCAUCUUUGUUGAUGUGUCAGCUUUCAGUUCCUCUUAGGGGAUUGCUGCAGGAGCAGGAGAGAGAGAGAGAGAGAGAAAGAGAGCGAUGUCUCUUGCUCGCUCUUCCCACUGUAAGCUAUGGGGACUAGCUAGUACCGCAACUGAUACUCUGGUUUCCAGCUUCCUAAUAAACUGAUUUUGGGCGGAAAGAUGGAAGAGGACAUACCAGACGGUGCAUUAGGCGUCGAGGAAGCCGACAAAGCCGUUGGAAUUGAUGACUGUCAAUACACUGGAACUGAUCAAAGCACUUUGAGAACAGAUGACGAACAGAAGAUAUUGAAUCCCAUUUCAGGAGCUACUGAUGCGAGUGGAAACGGAAGCACUGUUGGAACAAAUGUUACACCAGAAGCCAGUGGAAAAGGAGAUUGUCAUGGUGAAUCCUGUGAAAUACAAAUGGAAGGAUCCAAGACAGUAGACUGCUUCCCUGGUGCAGACUGUGAGCAAGAGGUUUCUAAGAUGGAUAGCAAAAGUCAGUCCCUGAAAGACAUACUACGUGAGCUCAGAGAGCAUGAUCAUAUGAAGGGGUCUGACAGGGUCUGUUCGGAAAGCCCUUAUGACACAGACUGUACCAAGCACCUUAUUUCCACCAUACAAAGUGCUUCCUCCCAGGAGGCUUUGCUAGAAGAGAUAGAGUCUGAACUGCUAUCAACAGGUUUAUUGAGAGAUCAUAAGCCUCCAAACGGAGUCUGCAAGAGCGAGACUGCAUUGGCUGUGUUUGAAAAAUGCAUUCAAGAUAAAUAUCUACAGCAAGAGCACACAAUAAAGGAAUUAAUUAAGGAAAACAAAAAGCACCAGGAACUAAUUUUGGACAUUUGUUCGGAAAAGGACAACUUAAAAGAUGAAUUGAAAAAAAGAACCGAAACUGAAAAGCAACAUCUUGGAAUUAUUAAACAGUUAGAGGCCAGAAUAGAGGACCUCCAAAAAGAAGUUAAAGGUGCUAAAGAUAAACUUGUAUCUCAAGAUACUGCUGCAAAAAAUGCUAUCCAGCAACUGCACAAAGAGAUGGCCUUUCGUUCUGAUCAGGCAAACAAGAAAUGUGAAGAAGCCCGCCAAGAAAAAGAAGCCAUGGUAAUGAAGUAUGUUAGAGGAGAAAAGGAAUCCCUGGACCUCCGAAAGGAGAAGGAAGUACUUGAAAGGAAACUGAGAGAUGCAAAUAAAGAAAUAGAAAAGCACAAUAAUAAAAUUAAGCAGAUUUCUCAGGAAAAAGGACGGCUGCAUCAGCUCUUUGAAAAUAAGGAAGCUGAAGCCACCAGAAUGUCAAGAGAAAUAGAAAAAUUAAAGGAAGAAAUCAAUUCUCAUGUGAUUAAAGUGAAGUGGGCCCAGAACAAAUUGAAGGUUGAAAUGGAUUUACACAAGGAAACCAAAGAUCGGCUUAAAGAGGCAACAACAGCGUUGUCUCAAGCAAAAGAAGAAGCUGAGCAGAUACGAAAGAACUGCCAAGAAAUGAUUAAAACGUACCAAGAAGCUGAAGAAAUUAAAUCAAAUGAAUUAGAUGUAAAACUUCGAUUUACAAAAGGAGAACUGGAAAAACAUUUGCAGGAAAGGUCUGACCACUUGGAGGUACAUCAUGCAAAAAUAAAAGAACUUGAAGAUGUGAAGCGAACAUUUAAAGAGGGUAUGGAUGAGCUGCGAACACUAAGAACAAAGGUCAAGUGUCUGGAGGAUGAACGAUUGAGAACAGAAGAUGAAUUAUCAAAAUAUAGAGAAAUUAUUAAUCGCCAGAAGGCUGAGAUUCAGAACCUUCUGGACAGAGUGAAAAUCAUAGAUCAGCUUCAGGAGCAGAAUAUGAAAGACGGCGAAGAUAUUACUUCCUUGAAGGAAGAAGUGGACAGUCUCAACUCUCUGAUUAUCGACUUCCAGAAGGAUAUCAAUGGCAGCCGGAAAAGAGAGUCUGAGUUGUUGGUCUUCACUGAGAAACUGACCAGUAAGAAUGCUCAGCUACAGUCAGAGACCAAUUCCUUACAGCUGCAGCUUGACAAACUUACCUACAGUGAGAGAGAGUCACAAAAUCAGCUGGAACUUGUGAGGCAAGCGAGAGAUGAGCUGGCAAAUAAAUUGCAGGAGGAGGAGCAGCGUCACAAAGACGAUGUUGAGAAGCUGCAGAUGGAACUGAGUUCUCAACAGAAAGCCUUAGCAGGAGUGAAUACUCUGGCAGAUGAGCUGAAAGACGAAUUAACAACUCAGAAACGAAAACAUGCAGCAAAUCUUAAAGACCUUACCAAGCAACUUCAGCAAGCCCGAAGAAAAUUGGAUCAGCUUGAAAAUGGCACCUAUGACAAAGAAGUCAGCAGUAUGGGAAGUCGUUCCAGCUCAUCUGGAUCUCUGAAUGCUCGAAGUAGCAAUGAAGACCGGUCGCCAGAAAACACUGGCUCUUCAGUAGCAGUGGAUAACUUCCCAGAAGUGGACAAGACCAUCUUGAUUGAGAGAAUAGUAAGGCUACAGAAAGCUCACGCUCGUAAAAAUGAAAAGAUGGAAUUCAUGGAGGAUCAUAUCAAACAGCUGGUGGAAGAAAUCAGGAAAAAAACUAAAAUAAUACAGAGUUACAUAUUAAGGGAAGAAGCUGGCACCUUGUCCUCCGAGGCCUCUGACUUCAACAAAGUGCAUUUAAGCAGACGUGGUGGGAUCAUGGCUUCCCUGUACACAUCUCACCCAGCGGACAGUGGGCUCACAUUAGAACUCUCUCUGGAGAUAAACAGGAAGCUUCAGGCCGUUCUUGAAGAUACGCUACUGAAGAACAUAACUCUGAAGGAAAAUCUGCAAACACUGGGAACAGAAAUAGAGCGACUAAUUAAGCAGCAGCACGAACUGGAACAGAGGCUGAAGGCGACAUAGCUGAGAGCAAGACCAAGAAGGCAGAAGAAGCAGGUGCACCGGACCCUCUUGGUGUCGGAAUUGUUUGUCUGCCAGUGUCCUCUGUGAGUGCUGUAGCUGUAAUGAUGCAGUUGGACACAUGUGCAUGAGCCAGGUUUGCAAGAUCUAGGCCCAAACGGCCUGCAUUGCGCGAAGUGGUGGAGACUUUGAUAAACUUACUUGCGAACAAUAUAUUCACCUAUUUCACUUUUGGCUGCAAUUAGAUAUCAGCAUUUACAGCCUUGUGCUAAGAAUCAUCCUAAUAUUUCAGACCCUUCUUUUUUUAUGUGCAAUUAAAAUACUCUGUAAAGAAGUUUGAAAAGAAUAUACAUGUGAGGAGGGGUUGGUCUUUUUGCUGGGGUGGGUGGGACUUGGAUGUACUGAACUUAUUGCCUAUUAGGGCAUAUGUGUUCUCACAAACACAGGCUUGUUUAAGUUGGUUGUUAAUUUUUUAAAAAAUGUAUAACAUGCAGGGAAAGGGCUUCAUCAUAGACUCCUAGAACAUGAUCUUAAAUACUUUAUCAGGCUGAGAAGGGAGCAUUUGUGAGAUCUCUUUUGACUCUUCUUUUAUGACUUUUUAAAAAUAGAGUAUAUUGAAUGCUGCAGUUAAUGGGCACAAUAGGUUGCUGACUCCAAGUGGACAGCUGCAUGAAUCUGUAACAAAGUGUGAAACUGGAGAUCUAACAAUAACUCUGAACUUUGGGAGCAUGCUUGUAACCUGAUAUGAAAACAGUGACCAAACAUAUCAUUACGGAACAAAUAUGGAUGAUAAAGUACUAACACAUGACAUUGUUGUAUUCUGGGGGUGGGGGGAGCAGAGGAAGGAAAGGGAGGGUGGCGCUGGCAAUCUUUUGCAAAAGAGAGCGCCAUGGUGUGUCUGACACUACAAAUGACUGUGUCCAGGCUUUUCAUGGAGUGGGCAGAAAAGUCAUUCACUGUCAAUUGUUGCAGCGGUGAGCACAUGUGUUUUCUUUUACUAUUGACUACAAUGAGAACACAACAUCCAUGCUGAAUGUGAUGUUCCCAAUCUCAAAAGUGCAUAUCUAAAACAUUAGCUGCAGUUAAGCAUAGGAGUACUCUGGCAUGUGGACAUAACGCACUGAACUAAUGAGAGGCUCUAAUCUGUUAGGAAGAGAGAAGAUGAGGUGCUGCUGGCUUAGCCUUACUGCCUGCUCUCUCUUGCUUGGCAAUCACUACCAUGUGUCUGUGUUUCCAAGGAAAAGGGUUCCUCUCCUUCUCGGUGGCGAGUUGAUUCGUAUGACUUACCUACACAAAUCCUGCAUAUUUAGGUUCAUGCUUGUCCUGGCUGGUUGAGCAAACUCUCUCACAUCCACACAAAACCCAGUGCUGUUUUUCAAAGACUCUGUGGUUAGUGUGAAUGUGAAUGAAAACAUUAAGAACUUUUCUGUGUUUUGCUUUGUUAAAACGUAAAAACUGUCCCAAAGCACUCUGCAGCAAAAAAAAAUCCAAAAACAAAUGUGACUGCUUUAAAAUUGCAUUUCAAUUGUCGAUUAAUUUUUGAUUGGGGGGGGGGGGGCGUGUUUCAGUUUUCUUUAACUUUUCCUGCUCCUAUUGCAAAAACCAACAACCUUCCUACCAAUUGCGAUAUUCUUUUUGAUUUAUUAUUCCAGGUACAAAAAUGCCAGUUGAAUAGUUUACAUUGUUGCCUGUGAUUAUUCCAUCGCACCUUGGAUGUAUAUGGUUUUAAUUGCACUCCAAAAUGAAACAGUCAUUGUAUAAACAUGUAUAUAGUGCUAGAGUUUGUAUUUUUUUAAAAAGCCACUCAUUUCAUAUUUUUCUGGAAGUGAUACGUGUGUACAGUAGCAACAUUACAGUAGCAGAGCAUAUUUACUUUUCAAUGCAUAAUAUCACCCUGUGCAUAUUAUUUUCUUUUUAAAAAAACCCUCCUGUGGUAUAUAAUAAGCUUAGAAAUUUUCCUAAAUUUUGUUUUAAUUCAUCAUGUAUAAAUUAGGGCUAGAGUUACUGAAACUCUAAAAACCUGUAAAAAGGAGCCACUUUUGAUUCAAGUGGGUAGCUCUAUUUAAUCAAAGGACUGGGACUUCAGAGGUGACCCCACCUUGACGCCUGUCUGUCAAGUUGUAUGAUAGGAUUGUAUUUAUUUUGUAUUUUUAGGAUCAUUGUAUUUAUUUUGUAUUUAUUUUCCGUAUCAUUGAGCAUCUGUAAUUGAAUCCUAGCUGCAUGCUUCAAAAGUUGUGGUUGCACUGAAGCUUGUGUGAAACUUCCCUCCAUUCUUGUGCUGUAUAGACCUUGGGGAAAGGACUUCCUUUUCACCUGAGAGAACUAGUUCAGUGUGCGUUGUGUUUCUGCACUAGAAUAUUAAGGAUGGAGAAAAGAGUGCUAGAGAAAAGCAGAGCCCUGGGCUAUGUUUACUGAGAACAUUACUUAAGAAGCAUUUACAGGGCUUGUCUUCUGUUCAGAAUGGGGUCUGAUCUUUGAAGAGCAAUUUAUGUGAAGUAGCUGCUGCACCCAAAUGUGGAAUGGUAGGGCCACACUAGGUAGGCGGGAGACAUUGGAUCUCCUGGCGUCCUUUAGAAGUACAUUUCAGUUGCAUGGUUUGGAUCCAAGGCCAAAAACAAAAAAUAAAACGCUUUUGAGAUCCUGUUGCAGGUCUUCCAGGGUCUCAUCUGUUUUGACUUGUGAUAUAGUGUCACAAAACCACCAUUGCAAAGGCGUGCCAAGUGGUGCAUGCCUUAGAGCUAAAAGUACAUCUAAAAACUUCAUGAGACCAUACCAGGAUAUAGUCUUUUGCUGCCUAAACUCCAUAGAAAGACAGAGACGCAGAGGAGAAGGCUUAGAAAGACUUGCAUUGACCAUGGUGAGCUCUUUUUAAGAAUUCUAUUCCUAUA